AUGGCCGUCAGUUAUGGGGACAGCAAAGCUGGAUCGAACUUCGACCUCACGGCGCUACAUUCUUCCAACUCUUCGAGCUUCCUCUCGGCGGAGAUUUUGCAGAAUAAUUUCGAUUUCAUGGGCAGCAUCGGGCAGGGCCAGUACGGGCGCGUGUGGAAGUGCCAGUCGCAGCGCUCGGGUCGCUACUACGCGUGCAAGCAGAUUAAGAAGGCGCGGCUCACCAAUGGGCGUAUCCAGGCCGUGCUACAGGAGAUCGCGACGAUGCAGCGCCUACGUGGCCACCCUAACGUCGUUGAUCUCGACAGCGUAUACGAGGACGCCACGUCAGUGUUUCUGCUCAUGGAACUCCUUCCAUCAGGCGACCUCUUUAAUCAGAUCUCUACGCGCAGCGGCCUUCCCGAGCCUGAGGCCCGGGACGUGUUCCGAGCCAUCGCCGAAGCUGUGAAGCACUGCCAUGGGAACGGUAUCGUGCAUCGGGAUAUCAAGCCUGAAAAUAUCCUCCUGCGCGCGCGCUCGGCAAUGAUUGCUGAUUCGAAUGGUGAAUCUGACGAGCAUUGCGCGCUGACGGGAGGCGGCGAAUCAUCAACGGCAGAAGCUCUCGACUGCGGGUGCCUGCGGGGAUUCGAAUGGGACGUGAAGCUUGGAGAUUUUGGCCUCGCUAAGCGUAUCCCCGAUAGCGGCACUGUCAAGGGUUGCGUCGGGAGCUUCCCGUACGAGGCUCCCGAGGUUCUCGCGUUGCAAGAGUACGACUUCUCCGCGGAUAUGUGGAGCAUGGGCGUGCUCUUAUACGCGAUGCUAUCGGCUAACUGGCCUGAAUUCAAAGACAACAAGCGCAUGCUCGAUGAGUCGAGGGACUGGACGCACCCUGUAUGGGGUCUGGUCAGCGACGCGCCGAAGCACCUCAUCCGUCGGAUGAUGUCGGUGGACCCGAAUCAACGGCCCACGAUCAACGAGGUCCUGGAGAACGAGUGGUUUUCGCAAGAGUGUGUGGACGUUCUCUGCCCGUCCACGUUGACCGACAACCAGCAAACGACAGAAUCCGCUAUCCUCCCUGCCUACACCGAUUCCACCAUUCCGCUCAACUUCGCUCCCGAGACAUCGCCUGACCCGCAAAACGCGGCGGAAAUCACGGCGUCAAUGCCUGCGGCACAAGCAGCUGCAACCGCUGCGGCGGCGGCGGUGACGCAACCGCAUCUCCUCAACGCUAUGGGGGAUUUUUCCGAGGCUUGUUCCAUGCCGGACCCUCCUCUCACCCCUGCAGGGCUCGCCACUAUUUCCUCUUUCUCGAGCAGUGAUAACCUGCUGGAGAGCGCCAUGCUUUAUGUGUAG